CAAAACAGCGGAGUCCAUAUGUGCUGAGGACCGCAGGUGAUUCCACAGAUGACUCAGAUGGAGACUCAAGGCAUACCUAAAGAGGCUUUGGGUUGUGUGGAGCUGUGACUUUGGGCUGUGGUGUAGUUCUCACUGGUACAAGGAACAACUUGACAUCAGCUUCUUUCAACAUAGUUCCACCCAGCUCAAGACCAACUGAGGAGGAACAAAGUGCAAGUAUUGCUCUAGCAAAAUGACCAACAUUUAUCUUUUUUUGACAAUUAACAACACAUUUAUGCAGGACCUGAAAACUAAAAACAAUAAACAAAAUAAGAAAAUAAGUUGACAGCCCCUUCAAUAAUAUACAUACAUCUAGACCUGCUUAUGCAAUUUUAUGCUUACCACAAUUGUAACUAAUUUUAACAGUGUAUGGCAGGGGUCAUCAGUUUAAUCCAGGAGGGCCAGAGUCCAGCAUAGUUUGGUUAUUUUUCUGCUGAAGCACACCUGUUUCAACAUAUCAGUAAAUUACCAAGUUUAGUUGGUGUGUAAGAGCAGGGAAUUGACUAAACUGUGCUGGACUCCUGGUGUAUGGUGUGUCAGAGAACAUAUGCAGUUUUUGCGCACUUAGUGGAACAAACCCCCCAUGGAGACAAUUUUGAAUAUAAAAAUGGAAACUUUAUCACACUGAAUCCAAACAAAAACUGUAUGUUGUUUUUGCACUGUAAUUUGCUUCUAUCCUCCAUUUUAUGUCGUACUUUUUGUAUUUUACAGUUGCUGUCUAAAUUACAGAGUUGCUAGAGAAUAUGUAGGCCUAAAUCAGAAUAUUGUAGCCUCUUAGUGUAGUAGAAUCAGUGCCCUCUUCCUGUUUCUGUGUUAAGAAUGUUUUCCCCAGAAAUGCACACAUGGCUGCAUUUUAAUUCAAGGAGUCAACAAGGUAACAUUCUUCACCCCAAAGAUGAUUUUUAGAUCCUUAAAGUAAGCCAAGUGCCUGUGUUAACAGUAACACCCUAGCUUCUUCCUUGAGAAAACAAAACAGAACCAAAAAAAACAAACAAAUAUGAACUAUAUCAGUACAACAUUGAAAAUUCUUUGGACACUAGCGGAGAACACGUCUUUGAUGUUGUUCAUGAGUUUUUGCAACCAAAAGUGCAGCUCUAUGUUUUUUUUCUCACUGUUGCAAAUACACAUAACUUGCUUUACUGGUCUAAAACUGUAAGAAAAAAAAUUUAGCAUUCUAGAAGCCCACUUCUGUUCUUGAAUCCUCUUUUGCAUUCUGACAGAAAACUACUUUUUUGAUCACAAAAUAAAUCAGAAUUGAAUGCAUUUAGACUAAUGAAAAAAAUAGAAUUACACAAAUGCUUUUUCAAUUCAUUUAAAGAGGAUGAAGUAUUGGAUUUUUAUGGGGCCAGGUUCUCAAUCCUGGAUUAAGCCUAAGCCUAAACUAAAAGAACUUUAAGUGGAAUUUCUAUUUAGUCCGAGUUUAGGUCUUUAUCCAUGUCCAGCAAACUGUCACUUAGUGUUUAAUAGAAAACUGACUUGUGACAUUUGUUAUGGUAUAUUUAUGUGCUUCUUGAAACCUUGUACAAGAUCAGUCAUGGGCAAAUGAGAAAUGUGAGCACAGUAGAUUGAACAUACAUCUUAUCAACUUUGAUGAUUCAGUUAACGAGGGAGUAAUUGGGUGUAGUUUUCUGGCUCAAUGUUAGUUUUGACAGAUGUAAUAGUAAUAUUCAUCAGACAUAAUAGUAAUGUUUAUCAGGCGUAAGUAAUGUUUAUCCCAUUUCACUUUAAGUGUCUCUUUCUUGUUUAUCCUCAUGGACGUUUCAAAUAUAGCUACACAGUGAAGUGUGGUGUUAGAUUAUUCAUGCACUACAUCUCCUGAAGUAUGUGGACAUCUGAACACCACAUCCGUAUGUGCUUGUUGAACAUCUUGUUGAAUGGGCAUGACAGUUGCAAUACUUCUUUCCUGCUGUAACAGAUUUCAUUCUUCUUAAACAAAAAAAGUGUUUCUACUUGAUUUUGGAACAUGUCUGAGGGGAUUUGCUUCCAUCCAGCCACAGGAGCACUAGUCAGGUUGGGCACUGAUGUUGGAUGAUAAGGGCUGGCUCACAGUCAGCUUUCCAAAUUAUCCUAAAACGUUUAAUUUGAGGGCUCUGUGCAAACCAAUCAAGUUCACUUUUAUUAGCUUUGCAAGUUGACUGGCAUAACAUAAAUGGUUUAGUUGCUGACAUAACUAAGUGAUAUGUCAAAAGAGCAAACUGUAGCAAACAAUAAAACAAGCCUCUCUGCAGUUUGACAGUGGUUAGUUUUACAUUUCCUUGUAAACUCACGUCACUUUUGAGUGGUUUGCUAAUUUAAUUUUGUUUUUAACAUUCUUAUUUUGUACAUUCUGUCAACUUGUCUGCUGCCUUUUUUCCUUUUUGUUUCCUUUAUUUCUUUGUUUAUGGCCAUAUUCCCAUUUCAGAGAACAAACUCCACUAACUGAUGAACAGUUGGUAGCAGGAUUCUCUGAUAUUAUUCUUGCUACCAUCUUGGCCACCAAGUCAGACAUGUGCGGCAAAAAGUUUGAACUGAAGAUUGACAAUGUUCGCUUUGUUGGACAUCCCACCCUCCUGCAGCCCCCUCACACCAUUCAGGUCUCCAAGACAGACCCUUCACCCAAAAGAGAAAUGCCCACCAUGAUCCUAUUCAGUGUUGUAUUUGCAUUAAGGGCCAAUGCAGACUCCUCAGUGAUCAGCUGUAUGCAUAACCUGUCCCGGCGCAUUGCCAUUGCCCUGCAGCAUGAGGAGCGCCGUUGCCAAUACCUCACCAGAGAGGCCAAACUAAUGCUGGCCAUGCAGGAUGAGAUCACUACCAUGACAGAGACAGACGGCACGCCUCAGUCACCCUUUCGACACAUACUUCCCAAGUGUAAACUGGCAAGAGACCUGAAAGAAGCCUAUGACAGCCUCUGCACAACUGGAGUGGUGCGACUUCACAUUAACAACUGGCUGGAGGUCAGCUUCUGUCUGCCCCACAAGAUCCACAGAGUGGGAGGGAACCACAUUCCCCCAGAGGCCCUGGAGCGCAGCCUCAAGGCCAUCCGUCCAUACCAUGCUUUGCUGCUGCUGGACAGUGAGAAGGCCCUGCUGGCUCAGCUCCCUCUUGACUGCUCUCCUGCUCUGGUGCGGCUCAUCAAAAUCUGUUCGGCCAUGAAGAAUCUGCAGCAGCUGGCUCAGGAUGCCGACCUGGCUCUUCUGCAGGUCUUUCAAAUAGCUGCUCACUUGGUGUACUGGGGUAAAGCCAUCAUUGUGUAUCCGCUAUGCGAGAACAAUGUCUACAUGCUCUCUCCACAUGCCAACAUCUGUCUGUACUCUUCACUGGCCCAGCAGUUUGCCCAGCAGUUUCCUGGUCAUGAUCUGCCAUCCAUGUUAGCCAAGUUCUCUUUACCUGUGUCUCUGUCAGAGUUCCGAAACCCACUGGAUGCUCCUGUACACGAGGCCCAGCUGAUCCAGAUGGUGGUGUGGAUGCUGCAGCGCCGGUUGCUGAUCCAGCUGCACACCUACGUUUGCUUACUGGUGCCACCCAGUGAGGACCAGCCAGCUCCACCAGAUGAUGAGCCACUGCUGGCAAGCCGCAUGACUGGUCGCAGCCUGAGCACGCCCAGCGCCCUCAGCUUUGGCUCUCCGACCAGCAGUGAUGACAUGACACUGACCAGCCCCAGCAUGGAUAACUCCAGUGCAGAGCUGCUGCCAGGUGGAGACUCUCCACUAAAUAAGAGGAUGACUGAGACACUGCUAGCCAGUCUGACAGAGCAUGAACGGCAGGCCAUCCUCAGCGUGCCAGCCGCACAGAACCCUGAAGACCUCCGCAUGUUUGCCAGGUUGCUGCACUACUUUAGAGGCCAUCAUCACCUGGAGGAGAUAAUGUACAAUGAAAACAUGCGACGCUCCCAGCUGAAGACUCUUUUCGACAAGUUCCGCAGUGUUUUAGUGGUUACCAACCAUGAGGACCCCAUCAUUUCUCUGUUCCAAUCCCCACCAGAGUAACACCAUAGUUUUGAGCUGCAGCUUCACAUAGCAAAAUACCUUCUGGAC